AUGCUCCUGAGAAAUUUGAAAAUUCUGCGUAAGGGGUUGCGCUGGAACAGCACUGGGGCGCAAGCAGCCCGACCUAAAUCCAGGGCAUCGCCCUUGACGGGGCAUUAUGUCGGGUUCGGCCUUUUGGCAGUGACCAUGACUGGCCUUGUUUACAACGAUGACAUGCGACAGCGCACUGUGGAGACUUUUCUUAUCGCCGAGCGCGUGGGCGCUGUUGCGAUAGCCACCUCAAGAUGCUUCGCUAUGUAUCUGAGAACUCUCAACCGCGAAUACGACACCAAGGAGGAGUACUAUCAGGCACUCUCCAAAACCCACAAGCAGGCUGCAGAAACGACUCUGCAGGCUCUACGCAAAAACGGAGGAAUCUACAUCAAGCUGGGUCAGCAUAUCUCGGCUAUGUCCUACUUGCUCCCGCCAGAGUGGACCAACACAAUGAUUCCGCUGCAAUCUGAGUGUCCCGAGUCUUCUUUUGAGGAGAUGAAGGAAAUGUUUGAGCAUGACAUGAAUAUCUCGCUGGACGAUUAUUUCUCAGAAUUCGAGCCAAAACCCAUCGGAACCGCCUCGCUGGCACAAGUGCACAUUGCCACGUUGCGCGAAAACGGGCAGAAAGUGGCAGUCAAGCUCCAACACCCGUCGUUGGAGAGGUUUGUGCCUCUGGAUGUGGAGCUGACAGCGAUGGUUUUUGAUGCCAUGAAAAAAGUCUUUCCCGAAUACCCCCUGACCUGGCUUUCCGACGAGCUGCGCCAGUCCAUUUUCGUCGAGCUGGAUUUCCGCAACGAGGCAGAGAACGCCAAGAUCACCGCAGAUUACUUCAAAGACUACAAGUCGCUGACUGCGUUGCGCAUUCCGAACGUUCACGCUGCAAAGCGCCGAAUACUGAUCAUGGAAUACGUAUCAGGCACCAGGUUGGAUGACUUGGAUUAUCUGGACAAACACAACAUAUCACGGUCCGAUGUGUCCAGCUGUCUUUCGCACAUCUUCAAUAAUAUGAUAUUCCAGGCUGGCUUUGUCCAUUGCGAUCCGCACCAUGGAAACCUUGCCAUUCGAGCUCUUCCGAAAAGGCAGAACGGCCACAAUUUUGAAAUCGUCCUUUAUGAUCAUGGCCUGUACCGUAGAAUACCCUCUCAGAUGAAAGUUGACUACGCGCGGUUCUGGCUUGCCAUGAUUGAGAAAAAGCCAGACGAAAUGCAGAAAUACGGAAGGAGAUUUUCAAAGAUCGAGGACGAAUCGCUGUUCCCUGUGUUAGCUGCGGCUUUGACGGGCCGCGACUUUGAACAUGCGCUGAGCGGCAACAUCGCAACACCCAGGAGCCAGAAAGAGAUUGAGGUGAUGAAAAGAGCCCUGACCGACGAGGGUGUUUUGCUAGAUCUAAUGGCCCUUCUGGCAUCCGUUCCGCGAAUUGUGCUGCUCAUUAUUAAAACCAACGACUUGACUAGACACUUGGAUGAAGCAUUGCAAAACCCAUUGGGCCUGGAACGGACUUUCUUCAUAAUGGCUACCUAUUGUGCGAGGGCAGUGUACGCUGAUGAUACCGCGAGACUUCGCGAGAAAUGGUCCAUUUUCUCCGUCCAUCGACUUGUCGGCUCUCUCACUGCAUUGUGGAAUCUGUACAGCCGAAUCUUCCUUCUGACCUUUUACGACGUUGUGUUCUAUGUUCGUGAGCUGCUCUAA